AUGGCGGACUUACAAAACGAUAACCUGCAAAACAUGGAAAACGUAGAUGCUAAUUUAAAUAAAAUGGAAGAAAUGAUGAAUUCUGAUCCAAACUAUGUGCCUUCAACUAAAGAACUGCUCGAAAUGCUAAAUUCUGCAGAUAUUGAUGAUGAAAUGAAAGAAAGUCUCAAGAGUAUGUUGGCGGGAGACGUUCCACAAUUUUUCGGGGGUCAUGGCAUUGGCACUACUGUAGCCAUCGUUUUUGUUCUUAUCAUCUUUUCUGUUAUUCUAUUCUUCGGCUACAAACUCUACAGAUCCAUAAAGGAUAAGGAAAAGAAGAGGGAGGAAAAAAAGAAGUUAAAGCAGAUGAAGAAAAAGAAG